ACAGAAUUUGGAGUUUCUAAGUAUGCGCAACAACAAGAUUCAAGUGCUGCCUGACGAGAUAGGGGAACUCAAAUGUUUGCAAGUCUUGGACUUGGCAUUCAAUUCAUUAGAAACAAUCGAUCCAGUGGCAACUUGUUAUAGCCUGAAGACUUUGGAUAUGCAAAACAACCAGAUAACUGAGCUCCCGGCGAACAUAGGCAACUUGACCAACCUGACACGUAUCGGCUUACGGUACAAUCAGUUAACGCACCUACCCUUGUCGCUGGGAAUGUGCACAAAGCUGGACGAGCUUAACCUGGAAAGCAACAAUUUAACAGACAUCCCGGACGGAUUCUUUGAUGGCCUUGUCAAGAUCGUGACAUUGAUACUAUCGCGGAAUAAGUUUACACAGAUACCUGCUAAGGUUUCACAGUUGUCGGCUUUAAAGCGACUAGCUAUCGACAAUAACAUGCUGAAGACUAUGAACGUCGAACCAUUGCUAGGUUUGAGGCGUCUUGGGAAGUUGGACAUCUCAGAAAACAAGAUACGCGAAUUGCCUGGUGACAUCGACCAAUUGGCACAACUGCGUGAAUUCUGCGCGGCCAGAAAUCAUUUGCGAAGUUUACCAGAAUCUAUAUGCCGGGCGCACAACGUGACCAUAUUAAAACUGAAUAAUAACGACAUCCAAGAAUUGCCCCAGAACAUAGGCAAUUUGACAAAUCUCAUCCACCUUGACAUGGAGGGAAACAGUCUGAAGCAGAUCCCACCCACAAUGGGUGCACUAGUACAACUUAAGUAUCUCUCUUUGCAAUCGAACGAGAUUGAGUACCUACCGAACACACUCCGUACUCUAGUUGAAUUAUCCAGUCUAUAUAUUGGCGAGAACGGAUUGCUCGCAUUGCCUCCGUGUAUAGGCGACCUACGAUCUCUACACACGUUACAUAUCAAUGAUAAUGAACUAAACACCAUCCCAGUGGAGUUGGGAUUAUGCGAGAGUUUGGAACUGCUCAAUGUAGAGGGGAAUCCAUUCGAAGAAUUACCAGCCCACGUUGUUGAAGGUGGACCUCCAGGGAUCGUUGCCUAUUGCAGAUCACAAUGCAUCACGCCAUCAAAUUGGUGGGAAGGGGGUGUUUAGUUGAUAUCAGUCUACUUGUGCUCGCAAAUAGAGCCAGCAAAUUUGACAAGGUAGAGUAAAGGGUCACGACCAACUACCAUCCGCACAACAAGUGAUACCCUCCGGUGUUGGAAUACUCUUUCGCGGCAGAGAACGAGAACCUUGAAACAACACCCGCAUAUAAUAAACCUCGACUGUUGUUGAUUUAAAAGAUAAGUAAUGCGAGUUUCUCAUCUUGUGAAGUUGUUGACAUCAAUAGCAUGCCGAAACUCAGACCUUGGUGCUUUUUUUAGAUAUGCAGGCGCAGUCACGGCACUGGCUGCACUGCAGCAUGCCACCAGUAGCUAGUAAGUGCAAUCUGUACAAUUCUAU